GGAAGGGUUCAGAAAACGUUCCAGGCUGUCAGCCUCAUCUACCGAUGGCUUCUAGCAAUGCUGAUUUAAAGAAGGCUUUCCUAGCCUAUUGCAGUGUUAUCGACCAUGAAUCUACCAAGGGUAAUUCAUCUUGUGUUCGGAAAAUGUGUACGGACUCUGGAAUAAAUAAGACGAAAAUGAAGCAAAACGAUAUCGAUUUGGAAUACGUUCGAUGUUUUGGGACAUCAAAAGAGGGAAUCGAUUUCAAGGCAUUCCUUGUGUUUGUUGAAGAAUAUCUUGGUCCAGUCUAUGGAAGAAUGAACGGGAUGGAGAAGGAGGACGCGAUAGCGGAAGUAAAACAGAAGUUGUCCUGCAUCUCGCCACAACUACGAAAUGCCACAAAACCGUCCAAUGAUGCUGUUGUUCAACGAUUAACAGACCCGAAUGCCUUUCCACAGGCACACAAGUCGCAACCCAGCGCGAAACCGCGACAGUAUAAUCCAGCCCCAGGACGUCAGUUAUCCAAAAAGUGAAUGGAUGCACAAAACAUAUGAAAGAACGUUUUUUUCCCACCCAUGAGAUAAAUAUCCAGGUUAGGUUCUCAAGCACAUGCUCCACUGCAAACCGCAGAACUUA